CCCUUCAGAAUCAAAAUGGCGGCAGGAGAGGGCAGCGGCGGCGACGGAGGCAACGCGGGAUGGUCAAUCUUUUGGCUUCUUGUACUUUUAUUCCUUGGCUUCUGGCUGGCGGGAUUCUGUGCCUUCCUGUACAUAAUCGUCAAUAUAUUCGCUGCGUGCAUUGAAGGACUCAAUCCGGUGUGCGACCUCCUGCUCAAGGGCAUUCAGUUCACCGGGACCUGUGCGCAGUGUAUGAUGAAGGGGACGCCCUUCAACGAAGCUUUUAGUUAGGUACAGCGGAGACGAAGGAAGUGGGGGGGUUGGAAGAGCAAUGCAUUUUCCCCUGUGCGUUAUUUAUUAUGGUUGAGUUAGAUGGAUGGGGGAUGCUGCUGCUUGGUGACUGAGAGAUAAAUGAUUUGGAAUGCAGGGAUGUGUAAGAUUUGCAUUUUUUGUAUUAAAUUUUGGCUCAAACACACACACUCUCUCUCUCUCUCUCUCUCUUCUCUCUCCCUCUCUCUCUCUCUCUCCCUCUCUCUCUCUCUGUCUGUCUGUCUCACACAGACACACACACAGUCAAAAUAAUUAUAAUGAUUAGAACUACAAUACCAUCUAAAAUCAUAAUGAAAAACAUACACUCUGUCAUUCAAGAGUUACUCGGUGUUUGUAACGGAACUUUAUCAAUAAGUGUUAAUCAGAUAACGAGUGGAAUGUCGGGUGUCACAGAGAUAAGCUUCGAGAUACAUUCAUGACUAAGAUUCAAAUAUGUAUAGCAGACAGCACAUAUUAAUACAUCUCAUUAUAUUUACGACAAAGGAUGUCAUCAGCGAAUCAAUAAAUGCUUACUACA